CAUGGAUCUGCCACCAGGAGUUAAUUGUUUAAUAGAAAAUUGUAAAGCAAGUACACUGAUUAAUCCUUAUUUAGGAUUUUUCCGCUUUCCGAAGGACGAACAAAGGUGUUUACAAUGGAUUUGCGCAAUUCCAGAAGAGAGAAUAAGUAUAUUCAAGAAAAGACCAUUAUUUAUGCAUUUUAAUUAUUGGAUUUGUGAGAAUCACUUUGAAGAUAAUCAAUUUGAAUCAUGGUGCCAGCUGGUAAAAACAAAAGAUGGAGUGAAAAAAGUAAAGAGACUUAAGGAAACAGCCGUUCCAACUUUAUUCUAUUUUGAUUUUGUAAGUAGAACGAAUGAUGAAGAUAAAAUUAGGGUAAAAAUUCAUAUGGAUGAUGUUCAAAAAUUAUCAAAACAUUCUGAACUAAAAUUGAGCGCUUCUUCCGAUUUGAAUUUUGAGAAAUCCGAUCAAACACAAGACAACAAUACAGAAAAUCAAUGUUCAGGAAACGUUGGAAAUGUGAAUAGACCUCGUCCAACAUAUGGACCUAUUCGUAAGACCUUUACCCGUAUAGCAAAACGUAAUUCAAAAGUUAAGAAUGGACCAAUUAAAGUGAUAGUAGAGCGCAAAAAAGCCAAAUCUGAUCAUCAUAAUCCAACCUCCAAACUAGUAACGAAACAUUCAGUUGACUACUAUUCAAAGAGAAGACAGACCGUAAACUUCUUUAAAAAGCAAAAGCGCAUAAGACAUGGCGAAAAGAAGAAUCAAUUACGUUUAACACCCGGUUCACAGAUUAUUUAUAGAAAAUUUAACGAAAGUUUUGAUAGAGUGUUUCAAAUUCCAUUUGAUUCGAAUGCUGCCCAAUGUAUUCGUGUAGUUUUAAGGGAUGUUAAGAUUAAGUCAGUUAUAUUAAGGGAGAAGAGCGCAAAUACCAUUAAUGAUAAGGAUAUUAUGGAUAGUGUGUCGGAGCACAAUUACCAUCAAUCUCAUGAAAUAUUAGUUAAUAACAUUAUUUCACGAAAUAGCAAUAGGUCUACGAAUAAGGUAAUAUCUAAAACGAAGCAGGAUAUAUAUGAAGAAACUGAACAGGAAGACAAAUAUGAAAAUGUGGAAAUAGAAAUAGUAAAUCAAGAAGUUCAUUUAAAACAAGUUAUAGCUACAAAAAGAUUGUAUCAGAAUCGUAUUAACAACGAUUCAAUUGAAGAAAAUCAUAACAAAACAAUAAAUGUCUGUAAUCCUAUAUCGGAAAAUAAGACUAAAGUUAGUCAUAUCUGUAGAAAACCUAUUGCUUUACAUAGAGGUAUUAGAUCCCAAGAGCCGCAUAAAGAAUAUUCGAAUAGAAAUAUUGAAGUAGAACUCAUCGAACGAGAUGGUUUCUUAAACAAUACUGUUACUCGCUUUCAAUUAGAUAAAAAUAAAGUGAAAAAUACAAAUGUUGAUCAAGAACCUAGAGUUUCUAAAUUAUUCCCAAAUAAAGUUCGCUUUAAUCAAGCAGCAGUUGCUCAUAAAGACACCAAGCCAAAAAGAAUCCGUCAGAAACCGUCAGCAGGGAGACAUGUAUCAAGAAAGAAAACUACUCUAGCACACGGCUCUAAAAAUAAUAGUAAAAUUUCCACGUCCGAUGUUAGUACAUUGACUUGUCUUACUUGCGGAGAAAUUUUGAAAGAUACAAAAGACUUAAGAAUUCAUAUGAGGAAUGUUCACGCCAAUAAGGUAUUUCUUUGUAAUGUAGAGAACUGUAAUUUUUCAACCUCAACUAAAUUUGAAAUGGAUAAUCAUAAGUCUCUUAUUCACCCUUCGGGAUUGACGGAAAAACAGAAUGUCGAGUUUAGUUUUUCAAGCUCUGAUAGCGAUGUUGUUGAGGUUAUUUCUCAAAUUGAAAGCAUAUCGCCAAAGACACGUCAUGCAAUUAAGAAAAAAGAGAAAACUAAAAACCCUCUAGUUCUUCACUCGCAGUCUAAAAGCAGUAGCUUGAUAACUACCUUAACCAACGUUCAUCCAGAUAGAUAUAAAACUGCAAAAGUAUUUUGCAACGUAUUGAAAAUGAAUAAAGCUUAUCUGUGCUAUAAUGACAAGGUAGAGAAAAAAUUUGAGACGCUUAUUGAAGCAAUUAACGAAACAUGCAAACGAAAGGGAAGAAAUGAAGCAUAUGUUUGGUAUGAUCUACAUUCUAAUAGGACGUCUUUAACCUAUAAUGAAUGGUUUUCUAAAUCGAUGAUCGUCGCAAAACACUUGGUUGAUUUCAUACAAAAAUUCGAUCUUAUCUUGCUAUUUUGCAAGAAUACUCAAGAAGCAAUCAUUUCGUUCACGUCACUACAAAUAAUUGGCUCUAAUACUAUGCUUAUUGGAAUGAGAGACCACUUUCUCAACAUUUUAUCAUUAUUCAAUUCAAAGAUCAAAGCAGUUUUCAUAGAUGAAGAUUUCUUAUCAGAUGAUAUUCUUAAUUUAUUAUCCGAAAUCAAAACGAUAGUGCUGGAUAGAAAUGAUAACAAAUUAGAAAGUGAAAAUAUCGUGAACUUCUCUCAAUUUUUGAAAAGUAAUUUGUCUAUCAAUGACAAAAAUCUUCCUUUUGUCGAUCCGGAGGAUCCUACCAUUAUUCUAUUGACUUCAGGUUCAACUGGUCAGCCCAAAAUGGUUCAAAAAGACCAACUCAGCUAUUUAAAUUUAUCACUUUAUUUAAGUAAUAUGUUUAAAUCAGAUCGAUUCUUUAACGAUAGAGCCUUUACUCAUUUUGGUGGAUUUUUUUCGGUAUUCUCAUCGUCUCUGGGACAAACUAUUGUUUCUACCAAUAUACCAUCUGUGUCGGAGAAAAAUGAUAUUUUAGAAAUAUGCAAGAGGGAACAAUGUGAUGGAGCACUUUUUAUGGCGUAUAACAUUAGCGACAUUAUCGAGAAAGAUGGAGAAUAUUUAAGAAACAGUUUAGGCAGUAUUAAAACUAUUUUAACUUCAGGACAAAUGGCUGAUAAAAAUAUUCUGAACAAUUUGAAAAAUCUAUUAUCAUCCAAAAUAGAUAUUAUUGAUUCGUAUGGUUCAACGGAAGCGGGAGCUAUUUGCUACAGGUACUGGAAAAGAAAAAAAGACUUUCAUCUUUAUCCCUAUGUUGAACUGUCCAUUAGAGGUGAAGAUGGUCAAAUAAAGCAAAGAGGCGAGUACGGAAAUAUUUGGGUUAAGGGAUGCUUCAAUUUGAAGAAUUUCUUUCCUCCUAAUUCUAAAGGUAGAGAAAAUCAUACGUCAGGUGUUAAUUCUGGGUGGUUGAAUGUUGGUGAUGUAGGAAUGAUUGAUGUUGAAGGUACGUUGACUUUGUCAGGAAGGCAAAAUGACGUCAUUAAAGUGGGCUGCUUGAAAACCUAUCCGUACAAAUAUGAGGAUAAGUUAAACAAGUUAGAUCGAGUUAAGAAAGUUAUAAUAGUUGGUAUCCCUGAUAAAAGAUUGGGAGAAACUUUAGGGGCGGUCGUUCAAUUUCAUUCUAAGCAGUCAUCUUCAGAAGAUCUCCAAUAUUUUCGAGAAAAAUGUAACGAUUACAUAAAAGCGGAUGAGAAUUACGGAUUAAUGUUGAAAAUAGAAAAGAUUUUAGUUCUUGAGACGGAUUGGCCUAUGACAUUAAUGGGAAAAGUGAAGAGAAGCGAAAUUCGGAGAAUUUCUUGGCUCUCAGCAACUGCAAAAUAUUACUUAGGAACGACGGCAAAUAUGGCUCAGAAAUUAGAAAAAACUGUUAACCAUGAUCAGAAUAAUUGCAAUUUUUCAAUUACUCUAGAAAAUGAUGAGAAUGCAAUGCUAUAUUAUGAAAAAAGAAAGAAUAACGUUUAUGAAAUCACACAUACAUAUGUUCCAGAUAGUUAUAGAGGUCAGGGUAUAGCUGGCAUAUUAAUGAAGACUGCUUUGGAAUGGAUAAUUGAAGUGGAGGGUAGAGUACUUCCAACAUGUUCAUACGCCAGUGAUUACAUUAAGAGGAAGAAUAACGAUUCAUAUAAUUCUGUACUAAUUCAAUUAUGA